AUGUGCUCCAGAAAAUCAUUUGAAGAGCAAAUAUCAUCUGCUUUGAAUGAAAUUUCUCAUUGGGAUACACAAAAACUUUGUGCAUUUUUAGAAAAGUACGAAUUUAAUGAUGCUCGACUUGUAGCUGAAAGUACAAAUAAGAAUGGUUACGAUUUUUUGAAUGCUGCGGAUAAGGUUCAUACGUGGCGAUUAUCGAAAACUCGUUUAAAAAAAUUUCUUGAAUUUGUCCAAACUGUACGUGAAAAUGCAUUAUAUUAUGUGCCAAUUGAGGCAGAAGCAGAAACCACAAGAUAUGAAAAUACUAAUGGUAAUAUUCAAUAUCCAUUAGCAAAAAAAUUAAAAGAAAAAUUAAAGAUAUUUACGACAAAACAAUCAUUCGAAAUGAACCAUGUUUUGGAAGAAGAACCCGAAGAUGAAAAAUACCAUACUGUGACUCAAGACUCGUCAUUUGAUGAAUCCGAAUACGAUGAUACAAUUUAUGAUACCGAUUAUGAAACAGUUUCACAUAAUGAAAAUACAUUUGAAAAUGAUGAAGUAGAAGAGGAUAUUUAUGCAGACGUUGACGUAGUUACUGUUCCACAUUAUCGUAGUAAAUCUCCAUCAAAACGACGUCCACGACGUCCAGAUGUCCAUAAGCCACUUUUAAUUAAAAAUAACAGUAAUAUUGACGUAAAUGAAUUGUUAGAGACUUCUUCGCGAUUUAAAUCUAUCAAAGAAUCUGGUAAAAAUACCAAAUUCAAUAAACCUAGUGGGGCUCGAGACAAAAUCCCAGCAAUACCUCAUGAUCCAAAAAGAAAAGAAAAAAAACCAAAAACAUCAAGUUGGCAAACACCAUUGCAACCACAGCCUGUGCCAUCUCCACCGAAAAAAAGUCAAGUACCAUAUGGAUCACCAAUAAAAAGUAAACCAAUGGGUGUUGUUACACCAAUGUUUGCCCAAAGGCAAAAUACUGAGAAACAAGUGAAUAUGAGAAGUACCGAGAAACCGGUGAAAAUGUUACCAACACGUGAGUUAUCUUCGCCAUGUAAAUCAAAAUAUACAAAAAGCAAUUGUCAUAGCGCAGAAUCAAGUGACGAAGAUGAUGGAUAUUUGAAACCAGGAGAACUUGAAAAGGUGUUGAAGAAAAAACGUGAUCCAGGAUCAACGAUGCAAGCACCGACUGAAGCAUCAAAACCAAGUAAACCUUCAAAUAAUUUUGGGGGGACCCUAUCACGCCCAUUACCUGCUCCACCGAAGAGAAAUUUAAAGAAUCCUGAACCAUCACAAAAUCCAUUCAUAUUAAAUGUGUCUCGUCAAAGAAGUGAAGAAAUUUUAGAUGGUAAAGAAGAUGGCUGUUUUCUAUUUCGCCCAACAAAAGUGUCCAAUUGUUUGUGUACUUUAGUGGUGAUGUUUAACCAAUGUGCUUAUCAUAUCAAUGUUCGUGAAAAUGUGGAUGGUACAUUAUCAUUGGGAACAGUAGAAAAAGACAAUGAACCUAGUUUUGAUAAUAUAACUGAAAUUAUUAAAUAUUUUCAAAAAAAUCAAUUAAAAUUAAUCUCAGGUGAUUGUGUACAUGGACAAGUAUGGCUUACGGAUUGUUACUCUUAUGAUGACAAUAUAUAUUAAAACAAUUAUGGGUGUAUGUAUGUAUUCUUGUAAAAUUGGAUCCAGCAUUCCUGUAUUUGAUUUAUCGAAAUCUAUUUGACAGUUUUAAUGUAUUGAGUAUGUAUAGAAAUAGAUUCGG